UAUUUGUUGACGAUAGAAUUAAGUGUUAAAGCGAGUAAGAACUCGCCGUGUAAAUGUUUGCUUUAGCGCUACCUGUUAGCCACCUAUUGUAGCCUCACCUUGUUAGCCGAGCAAGCUAACAACAAUGGCUAACGUUAGCUACGCUGAAGACCACCGCUGCUCAAAGAAACGCCUGUUUGUAAAUGACAGCAACGAAACAACCAGCACUGUCUGUAUUUACAGCAAAAGAGAGGAUAUUGGCAGCACGAGUGACGAGCUUAAAGAAAAAAAAUGCUUUGCUCCGUCGGCGGCGACUUCAAGAGGUGAUGCUUUAAAGACACAAAGUUUCAAAAGGGUUUCGACAGUGAGAUUAAUGGACUGCGCAGAGAUCAAGGUUGAAAUGGCUGAAGGGGGGCUGCUGCUGGAGCGUCUCGUCAUCACGGAGGAGGGAGACGAAACCGAGGGUGUCGGUGAAAAGGGGGCUGCGAGCGGCUCGGCUGUCAUCGCAGAGAGCAACAGCGGAGAGUCGGCUCUGAAGGAGGAAGAGGAACACACAGGAGAGGACAAGGCUGAAGACUGUAUAGCAACUACAAUGUGUUUUGAAGAUCAGAGCCCGGGGAAACAACAAAGUGCAGCAGAGGACGGCCAGACGGAGGAGGUUGUUGUGACUGAAGAGGGGAAACAAGAGGAUGACAAACAGGAGGAAACUGAGAGCCUGAAUGAUGGACAAAACAGAGGCGAAAGUACGAGUGAGGGGCAGACACACAAGGAGAUGAGGAUUAAUGAAAACCCUGAGAAGCCCAGUGACACAGAGGGCGACAACAAGGCAACAGAAAAUGACCCUGAAGUGGAUAUAAAGAGGUUGGAUUCCUCUGAACAACAACCUGAAGGGACACAAAGCGAAGAAGAGGAUCCAAAAAAGGCUCGCCGGUUAACUCCCGAGUUCCCGGAGGCGCUGUACGAGCUGCUCUUCACCUUCCAGGAGGGGAGACGGCUCAACGACCAGCGCUGCUCCUUCAGGCUGGAGAAUGGGGUCAGGAGGAGGAGGUGCCACUCCGAGCCCAACACCACCAAGCCAGCCAACAGAGUCCAGUUUUCCUCCAUGACUUCACUGCAGAAAGAGGAGUUUUUUGAUCUGGUGGCCACCGCGCAAGCUCGCCGGCUGGAUGACCAGAGGGCGCACCUCGAAGGCUCCUCACCGCCAAAACCAAAAGGCAGAAGUUUCAGAGGCAGCAUAAAGCAGCUCUCCUUUGUGAAAAAGCCUGCACCAGUUCCUGCACCAGUUCCAGCACCAGUUCCUGUCCCCAAAGAGGAUCUGUAUAAUAUGAUUCUCACGACACAGGCCCAGGGUAGACUGGAGGACCAGCGCAGCAGGGCUCCUGGUCCCAUGGACGAUGAGGACUUCUUCUCCCUGCUCCUGAGGGUCCAGGGGGGACGCAUGGACGAGCAGAGGACUGAGCUACCGUGCUUGCUGCAAACCUGAGAUUGGAAAUUAAAAAAAAACUGUGGGGCUUCAGUGGGAGCCAUCCAGUAUUGCAGUCAUUUUUAGCCUGAUUUCCUUUUGAAACAGGGUUUUUUUUUUUAAUUGCUUCGUUUUAGGGAAUUGCCAUCCCUCUUGAUAGUGUUCAGUGUUAAAGCUGUUGAGUUUGCAGCAAAAACGCUAAUGUUUGAGCAACAGAGCUUUUUAAUGUGACUUGAGGGACGUUCCUGAUGAGAUUCUGAAGUUUACUGCCAGUUACUUUUUUUUUCUUUUCCUACAAAUAGGGUCAGUAGAUGUGCUUUCUUAUCUUGCCAAAUUUUGGAUUUUAUUGCGUGUUUGCGAUGAGCGGUUGAAUGAUUUGUGUGUGUGCUGGAAAGCAGUCUACUGGUCUCUCUAUUGCUUUUCCUUAUUUGUACAGUAGACAUUAAACACACCGAGGAUGAUGGUGAAGAGAUAAUAGCUCCAAGGUUGCACAGUACUUGACUGUAUAUGGAUAAUUCUCCACCAGAAAAUAAACAAAACAUCUAUCUGAGCCUUUU